GCCCUUGUGUGGCAUAUCUUGGAAUGCCGCGAUGAUGUGCACACGUGGUGCAGAGAAGCAGCAGCUUGCCGUAAUGCAUUCUGUACCGCUCGAUGCAAUAUCACCAGCGCUUCCUCCAUCAUGGUGAAGCAGCGCCGGCGUUCCCCCGUUCCUCUGCUUCAGCUCACGUGAGAUGAGACCGCUUGCAUACCAAGGAGGCCGCCAUGAUGAUGCGCUUUUUCUCCUACCUCCCGCCAUGGCCCGCUCCUCUCCCCGCUGCAUGGAUCCAUGCACGGCCAUCUCGAGCCCGCCUCUUCGGCGAGGCGCCAGACAAGCGCAUCCGCUUAAAAGCGGCCCUCUUCUUGUUAGCGUCUGCUGCGCCCGCUGUCGAAGCUUCUCCCCGAGAUGCAGCAUCCUUCUGUUACUCAAAAUAGCUUUUUCCACGCCGCUCCCUGUGGCUCGGCUUCCUUUUGGCCGUGAACCUGCUUCUUGAAAAGGCCCACCAACCCUCGGGCCGAAGCUCUGGAUUUGUCGUAGCCACAAUUCCUUGUCGCCGAGUUUCCGCAGUCCCUUGGAGCAACCCUCGUUCCGAUCAGUCCCCUCCCAUGGCGACGGCCGCUUUCGCCUUCGCGUCGUCAAUGAUAGCCCGCCAGGUCACUCGUUCCUUCACAGCAUCCCACGCAGUGGCGGCGUGCGCGUCCGCAUCGGCGUCUGCGUCGGCGUCGGCGUCGGCCGCGGCGGCGGCGGCACCGCCAUCACCCGUUUCGCAACAGGCACUCCGCGCCAUGGCGGCUUCCCGCUGGAACGAGCUCUGGGGCAGCUCGUACACAGGCGGAAGCGCGCGCUCCCGCGCGCAGGGGCGCUUUGAGACGCCCCCGUCCCUCGGCGGGGCUGCGCUUCCGCUGCCAGGCGCGCAAACGCUGGGAGCCCCCUUCCCCUUGCGCACAUCUCGACCCCCGCGAACGACCACAAGGGGCUUUCGUUCCGAUGCCUUCAUGGCUCCCGGGGCGACCAGAAGCAGCAGCCGCCGCAGCCUUUGUCUGCUAGUGGCGGCGCUAGUGGCGGCGCUAGCGCCAGGGGAGUUGCCUCGGAUGCUGCCGCGGAUGCUGCCGCGCAAGAGGCGACCUCGCGGCCCUCGAAGGAGUGGCGGAUGUUGCCGCUGGGGUACCGCCCCGCGCACGCGGUGGCGCUGCAGGAGCGCAUCGAAGAGAUGUGGGAGGCGCGCGCGGGGCGGAAGGGGGAGGCGGGGAGGGUGCGGGGGAAGGCAGCGGGAGAGAAGGAAGGGGGCGAGGGAGCGAAGGAGAGUGUGAAGGAGGAGGAGCGGCGCGAGUUGGAGGCGCUAAAUUGGGCGUUCAGUCAGCUGCCGGUGUCGGUGUUCCCGUGCCAGCAUAAAGUGCUCGAAAUCCCCUCCGACGCUCGUCUCUCGGACGCUCUUCGACUGCUGCAGAAGUCCGGGCUCAUGGCGGCACCCGUCAGGGACGUGGCAGCGAGGGAAGACGCGCCUCUGCAGCAGCGGUACCUCGGCAUGGUGGAUGGCGCGGGCAUCGUGCUGUGGGUCAUGGGGCAGCUCGACCGUUCGUCUGCAGAACUCCGCAUGGCAGCAGCAGCAGGGGGAGGCUUGGCCGGGCUGGCAGUGGCAGGGCUGGGCGCAGCAGCGUUGGGCGCUCCAGAUGCUGCCGCGUUGGCGGCCAUGUGGGCAGGAUCAAUGGCUGGCGGGCUGCUGGGCUCCAAGUCAGCAGAGGCGCCGGGGGAGGGGGAGGCAGGGGGAGGGGUGGAGCGCGUAAGAGUUUCGGCAGGGGGACUUGACCGGCUGCUGCAGAGAAACGUGUUUCAGACGACUAUGGUGUCUGAACUGGUGGGGUCCUUCCGCUGGCGCUCAUUCCUCCCCCUCUCCUCGUCCGACUCAGUCCUCUCUCUCAUGCUGCUGCUCGCCAUGCCCCACCGCCCCCAAGUGCUCCCCAUCGUCACCUACCCCCCCACCUCCUCCUCUCCCUUCUCCUCCUCUCCCUUCUCCUCCUCUCCCUUCUCGUCUCCCUCCGCCUCCUCUCCUGCGUCCUCCUCUCCCUCCUCCCCCACUCCAUCCUCCCUUCUCUCCUCCUCUCCCUCCUCCUCCCCUCCCUCCUCCUCCUCCGCCACUUUUCCUGCUUCCACUUCUGCCGAGCCUGCUGCUGCAGCUUCGUCACUAGGUUCGGAGACCGCCCCUGUGCCGAGCCUGUCAGCCCUGGUGUCGCAGGCUGAUGUGGUGAAUUUCCUGGCGGAGUGUGACGGGCAGCCGUGGUUCGAGUGGGUGGCGGGGAGAAGGCUGAGUGACAUGGGGCUCCCGAGAAUGGACAAAGAAUCGACUGUGAAGGUGCAGGAGUCGGACCCGGUAAUGGAGCCGUUCCGUCUGAUGCUUCAGCACGACAUCGGCGGAGUGCCCGUGGUGGCGCCGGGGACCAACCGCAUCACGGCAAACAUCAGCGCGAGGGACAUUCUGCAGCUGCUGACGUCACCGCACCUGGCGGAGCAGCACCACCUCAAGCCGCUGACGGUAGCAGAUCUCCUGUAUGACGCGCAGCGCCCGCACCACGGCACGGCUGACGUCAUCUGGCCGAUCAUGGUGCCACCAGUCACAUGCCACCCGUCCACCUCGCUGCGGGAGGUGCUGCACGCAUUCCGGGUGGCGCGCGUGCACCGCAUAUACGUCACCCAGGAGGGGGGUGAGAAGAGUGGGGAUCUGCUGGGAGUGGUCACGCUGAAGGAUGCAAUUGGGCGGUUCUUGGUGCGGCAGGAGGAAGAAAAGAGGGAGAGGAGGGGAGAGGACAAAGAGGCGUUCCCAACCACCACCGAGGUUGGUUCGGAUGGGCUCAGCCUGUAGGGGGGUGGAGGGUGGUACGCCUCCGCCUCACCACCCAGAGGGAGGUGCUGCAUGCGUUCAGGGUGGCGCGCGUGCACCGCAUGUACGCCACUGAAGAGGCGAAAGGCAGUGGGGGGGGGAGUGGGGAGCUGCUGGGAGUGGUCACGCUGAGGGAUGCGAUUGGGCGGUUCCUGGUGCGGCAGGAGGAAGAAAAGGGGGAGGAGAGGAGGGGAGAGGGGAAAGAGGAGCCGGGUCCGACCACGGAGGUUGGGUCGGAUGGGCUCAGCCUGUAGGGGGGAGGGAAGCGGAGGGAAGGUCACGGAAUGGGGAGGGCAGGGCACGUGCCACCUGUCCCCCGCGCUGAGGGAGGUGCUGCUCUGCACGUGUUCCGAGUGAUGAGCGUGCACCGCAUAUACGUCACACAGCACAUACCAUAAGAUGGGCUUGACCUUCAGGGGGAAGGGCGGCGAUGGGAGGGAGGGGAGGGAGCGGAGGAGGAAGGCAUUGGGGUUAACGGCUAUGCUCAAUGGGCCCCUAUGGAAUGGAGAAGAGAUUGUGAGUUGGUGUUCCGGCUGUUGCGAACAAUGCUGCUGGCUUGCGUGUGUGUGUGGUUGGGGUGGCCUAGAUUCCGGCCGCUGCUGUUGGAUGUGUGCUGUGUGCUGUGUGCUGUGUGCUGUGGCGCUCCCUUCCCACAACUCUGGCAACAGGAGAAGUCGAGUCCAGACACAGUGGUGCAUUUUGUGUACAUAUCUACCAAACACCCACCCUUGAUGGCUUCCUGUUUCCGGAAGAACUGACUGAACCCUGAUAUGCUGUCUUAAUCUUUGUACAUACGCUGCCCGGCAAUCUAAUGUGUUCAUCUCCAUUGAUUGGGGUGGGAAGUAGACAUGGGCUUGGUUGCUGUAUGUAAAACACUCUGGCUGGCUGGCACCAAAUGCAGG